UCUCCGCUUGUUCUUCACUUUCGACGCAAACGCCUGUCGAAGUACAGAUUUCUCUUCUACUUUUGGAUUGUGGAAUUUUGUUGAGUUGAAUUCGCGCAUGGAAUAUUUUUCAGGCGAGUUUUCGGAGUUUUCGUCGUUGGAGGACGACGGUUUCAGCGGCGGCUGCAAUUACAGUAACGCCGUGCAUUUUGCGGUGGAUGAUUUGCUUGAUUUUCCCAAGGAGGAGGAAACGAUGAUCGAAUCGUUUUUGGACGGAUUUCAGGGGAAUUCCGGUGAUUCGUCCACUGCUACGGCGGUUGACAGCUGUAAUUCCUCUGUUUCCGGUGGUGGAGACGGCGGACAAUCGAACGGUAACGUCAGUCGCCGUAGCUUCGAUGAGUCGCAGUUCUCAGGAAACGAACUCUGCGUUCCGUAUGAUGAUUUGGCGGAGCUCGAAUGGCUUUCGAAUUUCGUCGAGAAAUCCUUCUCGACCGCCGACCUCCACUUCAUCCCCGCCCCAAACUCCGCCGGCAGCGGCGCCGGCGCCGCCUCUUCCUCCGUCAUCUCCACUCACUCACCACAUCCGCCUCCAAAAUUCCCCUCCGACGUUUCAGUCCCCGGCAAGGCGCGUAGCAAACGCUCACGCGCCGCCCCCUGCGACUGGUCCUCCCGCCUCCUCCUCCUCUCCCUCAAAGAGAAGAAAAAAGAGCCGUCGGAGAGUCCCGGCCGGAAAUGCCUCCAUUGCUCGUCGGAAAAAACUCCGCAGUGGCGAACCGGCCCUUUGGGCCCAAAAACCUUAUGCAACGCGUGCGGUGUCCGGUUCAAGUCCGGUCGACUCGUCGCCGAAUACCGGCCCGCCGCCAGCCCCACUUUCGUCUCGGCCAAGCAUUCCAAUUCCCACCGCAAGGUCUUGGAGCUCCGGCGACAAAAGGAGCUCCAGCAGCAGCCACAGCACCUGUUGAUUAACCAGGCGUCUAUUUUCAACGGCUUCGAUGACUUCCUGAUUCAUCAUCGCACCAACAUCAACGGCCCAGAUUUAAGGCACAUGAUCUGAUCUGUUCUAGCUUUUUUUUUUAUUUUUUUGUAACCCAAGUAAUUCUAAUUUUAAUUUUAAUUUCAAUUUCCUAAUUUAGACUUAGAUCGUUCCCUAAUUACGUAUUUCAAUUAUCCCACUAUAUGUGGGGUGGGUGGUGGUGGGGGGGUGGGGAGUCUUAAGGAUAUGGGAAUGUCAAGCACAUGGGGUUCAUGUUCAAUGUCCUUUCUCUUCUCCAUCACUAUUGAAUUCUUGGGAAUUAUUUUCUUGGCUUUACACACA